GGCGCGUGCUGAUGACGCAGACGGCGCGGCGGCCCUGGCGACGCGGUUACUAGGGAGCGGCGCGCCGCGACGGCUGCAUGGACUUGGCCACCGCCCCGCACCGUAUCCCCCCCGAGAUGCCCCAGUAUGGGGAGGAGAACCACAUCUUCGAGUUGAUGCAGAACAUGCUGGAGCAACUCCUGAUCCAUCAGCCUGAGGACCCCAUCCCCUUCAUGAUCCAGCACUUGCAUAAAGACAACGACAAUGUGCCCAGGAUUGUAAUAUUAGGUCCACCUGCCUCGGGGAAAACAACGAUAGCAAUGUGGCUCUGCAAACAUCUGAACAGCAGUCUCCUCACCCUGGAGAACCUGAUCUUAAACGAGUUUUCCUUUACGGCCACCAAAGCCAAAAGGCUUUAUCUGCAAAGGAAGACAAUUCCCAGCGCGCUGCUCGUCCAGCUGAUUCAGGAACGCCUGGCUGAAGAGGAUUGCGUCAAGCGGGGCUGGAUUCUGGAUGGCAUCCCCGAGACGCGUGAGCAGGCCCUGAGGAUCCAGACCCUGGGGAUCACCCCCAGACACGUCAUCGUACUGAGUGCUCCAGACACAGUCCUGAUCGAGAGAAACCUGGGGAAGAGAAUCGACCCUCAAACUGGAGAGAUUUAUCACACCACCUUUGACUGGCCACCCGAAUCUGAAAUCCAGAACCGUCUGAUGGUGCCAGAGGAUAUCUCAGAGCUGGAGACGGCUCAGAAACUGCUGGAGUAUCAUAGGAACAUCGUCAGGGUCAUUCCCUCCUACCCCAAAAUCCUCAAAGUCAUCAGUGCUGACCAGCCAUGUGUGGACGUCUUCUACCAGGCUCUGACCUAUGUCCAAAGCAACCAUCGUACUAAUGCCCCGUUCACUCCAAGGGUGCUGCUGCUCGGGCCUGUGGGCAGUGGGAAAAGUCUGCAGGCCGCCCUCCUGGCCCAGAAAUACAGGCUUGUCAAUGUCUGCUGUGGGCAACUGCUGAAAGAGGCUAUGGCAGACAGGACCACGUUUGGCGAGCUCAUUCAGCCCUUUUUUGAAAAGGAGAUGGCAGUUCCUGACAGCCUCCUCAUGAAGGUGCUGAGCCAGCGUCUGGACCAGCAGGACUGCAUCCAGAAAGGCUGGGUGCUGCACGGCGUCCCGCGGGACCUGGACCAGGCACACCUGCUGAACAGCCUGGGCUACAAUCCCAACAGGAACAUUCAGAGUCACUGGUGGUUAAUGCCAAUGUUACACGCUGGGUGCCCACACCUCUCGAAGGCCUGCUGGAUAUCACCUUGGGCUCACACUGCAGUACGCUGACUUGGCUCCAUCAUGGUUCCCAUAUUUGUCUGCGGUCCUGCUCGAAGAUGAUGAAAUGCAAAUAGCCAUUUCUAUCCCAAACUGAAAUGCAUCUCUGUGCUUGCUUGUGGCCGAGGUACUUCAGAAAUAUCAAAGAGUAUCAUCCGCUUCCCCUUUCCUGACCUUGCCUGUUCUGCCGUCUCCUGGUAGCAUGUUGUUGCAGAGGUCCUAGGCGGCCAUGUGGCCUCCUCUUCUUUCCCUGGAGUUUCUGCUGAGCUGAGUGGGUUCUCAGCCGUUAACCAAGUCGCCCUGCAGUGGGUCCUUUGGAGACAGGCAGCGUGGUGUGAGGACAAAGAGCUGCCUUCUCGUCCCGCACUCCGGGCUGCAGUGCCCUUUGUGGGUUGCGCUGUCUGAAUGACUUAUCCCACCUGGAGAGCUCCUUCUCCAUCAUGAAGUGGAAGCGAUGAUGAGACCUAAUUCAGAUGGCAGUGGAGAGACUGGAUUCGUAAAUACAAAGAGGAGGCCUUCGUGCAUGCUCCCUCCGGUCACCAUUGUCACCUGAGUGCCACUCCAGGAGGCUGCGGGGAUGGGGUGUGAGAGCACUUGUCUCCUUCCGCAGUGAACAUGGAGGGGCUGCAUGCUCUCCACAGCGGGGAUACGCUGGUGCCGUUCCGCCCCAGCCUGGGGAUGAGCCAUACCCUCCAGCAAGGAAACUGGUUUAAAGCCACCAGCCUGAGCCUGUGCCGGGGCCCUUCCCUACCAGGACGUGAGUACCUGGGGAUUAGUCCAGGGAUGGCUUCAGCCCCCGCACUCAUGAGCCCUCUCUGCCCCAGCCACCCCAAACCCAUCGUCUAAGCAAA